UCUGGUUUUAAACUCGACGGGAGUUCUUAAAGCGCGGGGCGAUCAUGGUUACCUGUUACCUGCUCUUGGGGAUGUUCUGCUUCCAAGCGGCGGCGUCAGCGACCCCCAAAGACCAGAGUAUUGGCUGCGAUGACUACUUGGGUUCCGAUAAGGUGGUGGACAAAUGUGGAAUCUGCGGAGGAGACAACACAGCCUGCAGGGUCAUCUCGGGAGUCUUCAAGCACAGCCUGACCAACCUUGGCUACCAUAAAAUAGUCGAAAUUCCAGAAGGGGCCACCAAAAUCAACAUCACUGAGAUGUCCAAGAGCAACAAUUACUUAGCACUACGGAGUCGAUCAGGACGUGCCAUUAUCAAUGGGAAUUGGGCAAUUGAUCGACCUGGGAGAUACGAAGGAGGAGGAACAAUGUUUGUCUAUAAACGGCCCAACGAGAUCUCAAGUACUGCUGGGGAAUCCUUUUUAGCAGAUGGCCCAACCAAUGAAAUCUUGGAUGUCUAUAUGAUUCAUCAACAGCCCAAUCCAGGUAUACAUUAUGAGUACAUUAUUCCAGGUCCCAACACUAUCAGUUCCCAGGUGCCUCUUCACAGACGGCCAGGGGAGCCAUUCAAUGGCCAACUGGACGUGACAGAAACUGUGAAUUAUGAGGAGGAAGAUUUGCAUCAGGAGACGAGCAGUCACCCAAGACAACCAGGGAUGAGUCAGCCUGCAAGAUUUCCUUCCCAAGUUCCAGACAACCAAGUCCCGGUUGGCCAGCCUCCGCGACGUAGCCGGGAACAUAACUGGAAGCAAAUUGGAACAACCGAAUGCAGCGCGACUUGUGGGAAAGGAGCACAGUAUCCCAUCUUCCGCUGCGUGCACAGAAACACUCACGAGGAGGCGGCUGACAGCUCCUGUGACAUCAACUCCAAGCCCACCCCAGAAGAGGAACCUUGCAAUCUCUUCCCCUGCCCUGCCUUCUGGGAUUUAGGAGAGUGGUCCGAAUGCAGCAAAUCCUGCGGCCUGGGGAUGCAGCACCGCCAAGUUCUCUGCCGGCAAGUCUAUGCCAACCGCAGCUUAACGGUUCAGCUGCACCGAUGCCAACACUUGGAGAAACCAGAGAGGACAAGUACGUGCCAACUGAAGAUCUGCAGUGAAUGGCAAAUUCGGACAGAAUGGACAUCGUGUUCAGUUCCAUGCGGAGUUGGCCAGAGGACUCGGGAUGUAAAAUGUGUCAGCAACCUUGGAGAUGUUGUCGACGAUGAGGAGUGUAACAUGAAGCUACGGCCCAAUGACAUUGAGAAUUGUGAUAUGGGACCCUGUGCCAAGAGUUGGUUCCUUACGGAAUGGAGUGAUCGGUGCUCGGCAGAAUGUGGUUCCGGCGUCCGAACUCGUUCCGUGGUCUGCAUGACCAACCACAUCAGCAGUUUGCCACUGGAAGGUUGCGGGCACAACAGACCAACGGAGAGCACCCCCUGUGACAAUGGGCCUUGCCUGGGAAAGGUCGAGUGGUUUGCUGGCAGCUGGACUCAGUGUUCCAUCGAAUGUGGCAGUGGCUCCCAGCAGAGGGAAGUCAUCUGUAUUCGGAAAACAGAGAACCAAUUUGAGAUGCUGAAUCCCCACGAGUGCGCCUUCCUGCAACGACCGCCCAGCCAGCAGACCUGCUACCUCAAACCUUGUGGCGCUAAAUGGUUCAGUACUGAAUGGAGCGCUUGUUCCAAGUCCUGCGAAGGGGGCUUCCGAAUCCGGGAGGUGCGAUGUCUUUCAGAUGACAUGUCCCCCAGUACCAAAUGUGACCCCCAGCUGAAGCCUGUGGAGAAGGAGUCCUGCAACACCCAGGACUGCGUGCCUGAAAUAGACGAAAACUGCAAGGACAACUACUACAACUGCAACGUUGUGGUUCAAGCCCGCCUCUGCGUCUACACCUAUUACAAGACGGCCUGCUGCGUGUCCUGUUCCAGAGUGGCAAAUCGGCAGUCGGGCUUUUUAGGGAGGCGAUAACAGCUGCUCCGUCCCGGGCUUCGGACCUAUGCCUCAGUCCUCCCAAGCUGCUUUCACAACACUUCUACCUUCCCAAGAGUGACUCUUGUUUUCCCAUAAUGAUGGAAGGGAUGAUGGAAGUACCUCUGGGGGGGAUACCACUAACAUACACUGUACUAAAAACCUUGGGGGAAACCCGUGCUGUUAAUGCUGGACCUUCAAAGCUUUAGGCACGGGGAGACACAUGGAUGGAUGGAUGGAUUUUUGAUGUGCCAUCAAGUCACUGAGGACUCUUAGCGACCUCAUAGAUUUUUUUCCCCAUGUCAAUCUGUUGUCCCUAACCUGGUCUUUAAGCUCUUCAGGAUGUGUGACAAUAGAGGUAGUCUUCAAACUUAUAACCAGAAUUGGGACGGGAAUUUCCAUCAUAAGUCGUUGUGGUUGUAAAUCAACAGUAGAAGUCAUGGGGUUGGGGGUGGGGGCUGAUGGGACAUCUGGCACUUCUGGGACGAAGUGAGGGGAGUCUUUGCAUUGUCACUUUUGAUGAAGCUCACCUGAUUGGGUGCUGCCCCGAGCAAAGAGACUUGACCAUUUGCGGUUGACUAGAUUAGAGGUAUUGUCCGAGCGAGACUAUAUGGCAUCACACACAGUUUCUUUGAAGGACAAGGAUAGCUAUGGAAAAUGUCACCCAAACAACUCUUAGUUGACUUGACUUGAGUCAAGUUGACCUGCCCAAUCCAUGAUCUCUUUGACUUAUGAAAAGGCAGCUUCAUGGAGGGCUGUGCACGGGAGGAAUGGGUAUUUUAUUUUUUUUUGUAAAAAUGGAUUCCUUCACCUCCUCACCCCACAAAUCUUCCAGAAUGGCGUGUGUGUGUGUUUCCAAUUACUCCAAUUGUCUUCUAGUAAAGCAAUCAAGUUGUUUCAGUCUUCUUUUUCAGGUUCACCGCGUUCUUUUCUUCAGCUAUGGAGCAAGUUGAAAGAAGCCAUGUUUAGUGGCCUCCAUGUUUGAUUUGUUGGACGGCUGCACAAGAGCGUCCCUCUGGGCUAAGAACAUUGGCUGUGUUCCUAUCAUUUCCAUCCCCUGUUCUUGGAGGCGUGGAGAACAAGCUCCCUUAUGAUCCUGGGUUCCCACUUAACUAUGUUUAUAUCGCCGAGUGAUUGCUUUUGAUUUCCAUUCAAGUCACCGAGGGAUGAGAACCAGUCAGGGUAGGUCGCCUGCAUCAUCCUUCAAUUCUUGGAUGGAAAUAGACAUCUCAAGGGUGUGUCUCGCUCACUUCGAAGCGGAGAAAGAAUUAGGAACUCAGA